AACUGGACUUUUGAAUAUUCAAGUUAAUAAAUUCGCUAAAGAGAAAAAUUGUAAUUAUGCAAAUUCUUUCUCUAAAUUUUUUAAUGUAUACAUUUUGUGGUAUGUGGCGACCAAUCAAGUGGUCAUCGAAUGGUGCAAAAUUGCUGUAUAGUAUAUUUACUGUUUUUGUAAUGUUCUUGGAAUAUUUUUGGGUGUUAACUCAAUUUCUGGAUAUCGUACUUGUUAUCGAUAACAUUGAUGAUUUUGUUGCUAAUUCGUUAAUGCUAGUGAGUGUUAUUGCUGUCUCAUGUAAAGCGACUAUUGUUGUAAUACGUCGUAAUGCGAUCAUCAGCUUAGUGCAAAUAUUGAUAAACGAACCAUGUAAACCUCAAGAUAAAGACGAAGUAACAAUACAGACAAAAUUUGAUCAGUUUAUCAGGUCGUGCUCAAUAAAGUAUUCGUUUUUGGCAACAAGUUCUCUUACAGGCGUUGUAAUGGGAGGAAUAUUAAAUGUCAUGCACGGUCAUUUGCCUUAUCGAAUAUGGUUGCCAUGGGAUUACAACAAUGUGUCUCUAACGUUCUGGAUUAUAUCCAUUCAGCAAAUCGUGACUAUAAUUUUCGCUACUAUCAUAAAUGUUGGCACUGAAACCCUAGUUUUUGGAUUGUUUCUACAAACAUGUGCCCAGUUUGAAAUUUUUGAAAGUCGUCUUUGCAAAGUAAUAGAUGUUAAAAACAUGAAAUGUCUACAUACUUUCCCUUCGUCGAGUAAAGAUAAAACAAAGAUAUCGGAAAGUAUACAUCAUCAUCUCACCAUUUACAAGUAUGCCAAAACAGUAAAUGUUAUAUUCAAUCAAGUACUCUUUAUUCAGUUCUUUGGUAGUAUAUUGGUAUUAUGUACAAGUGUAUAUUAUUUAUCAACACAUAUUUCGGAACUGUCUGGACUUGCAACUUUAUUAGCGUACACCAUUUGCAUGUUUGUACAAAUCUAUCUUUAUUGCUGGUCAGGCAACGAAGUUAUUCUUAAGAGUUUAAACAUAGGAGACGCUAUAUAUCAUAUGAAAUGGCCAUUAUUGCCAGUUAGCGAAAAAAAAGAAUUGCUGAUGAUCAUGAUACGUAGCACAAUUCCUAUCAAGUUCACUAGUAGCUUUCUGAUAACUCUGUCCCUUCAAUCUUACAGCAACGUUAGUAAUACGGUAGUGACAAAUACUUUAUGUAACGAAAAAGAUCCAAAUAUGCAGAUUCUUUCUUUAAAUUUUUCAAUGUAUACCGUUGGUGGUAUAUGGCGACCUGUUGAAUGGUCAUCAAAUGGUGCCAAGCUGCUGUAUAGUAUAUUUACUUUUAUUGUAGUACUCUCGCAAUACUUUUUGGUAUUAACUCAAUUUAUGGAUAUAAUUUUUGUUGUUAACAACAUCGACGAUUUUGCCACUAAUACUUUAAUGUUCUUCACCAUGAUUGCCGUUUGUUGUAAAGCGACUGUCGUUAUAGUGCGUCGGAAUGAGCUCUUCAACUUGGUGCAAGGAUUGUUAGAAGCACCAUAUAAACCUCAAGACGAGGAUGAAAUAGCUAUACAAAUAAAGUUUGAUAAGUUUAUCAGAUCGUGCUCAAUAAAAUACGCACUUUUGGCAACGUGCUCCGUUACAGGCCUAAGCUUAGGAGCAGUGCUAAAUGCUCUGCAUGGUCAUUUGCCAUAUCGAAUAUGGUUGCCAUGGAAUUACAAUAAUAAUGUGUUCUGGAUUUUAUCCAUUUACCAAAUCUUCAUUAUAGUUUUCGCCGCUAUCAUAAAUGUCGGCACGGAAACCUUAGUUUUCGGAUUGUUUAUAGAAACAUGUGCCCAACUUGAAAUUUUUGAAAAUCGUGUUCACAAAUUUAUAACUAAUAAAAUAGUUGGGCGUGCACUCACUUCAUUGAGUGAAAAUAAAAUAGAGUUACCGGAGUGCGUACGUUAUCAUCUCAGCAUUUACAAAUUUGCCAAAAUGGUAAACGUUUUAUUCAACCAGGUGCUUUUUGUUCAAUUCUUUGCAAGUAUAAUAGUAUUAUGUACAAGCGUGUAUUAUCUAUCAAAUCAUAGUUCAGAUAUAUCUGGACUUGUGUUUAUAUUAGCGUACACCAUUUGCAUGUUUGCACAAAUCUUCGUUUACUGCUGGUCCGGAAACGAAGUCAUACUUAAGAGUUUAAGCACAGGAGAUACUAUAUAUCGUAUGGAUUGGCCAUUACUACCAAACAAAGAAAAGAAAGGAUUACUGAUGAUUAUGAUGCGUAGUACAAUUCCUAUAAAAUUUACUAGUAGCUUCUUGAUAAUUUUAUCCCUUCAAUCUUACAAUAAUAUUUUAAAAGCAUCAUAUUCAACAUUUAACGUAUUAAAACAGUAAAAUGUAAAUAAUCGAGAAUAUAUUUGAGCAUGGUAAUAAUGUAGUAUUUGAUAAAUUAGCACUUCUAAAUCUUAUAACUUUCGUUUAAAUACAUAUUUAAUUUUACCUUAGUUCCUACAUCUUCCCCUGAGAAAUAUAUCUUUUUUCUAUAAUUUAAUUUAAAAGAUCAAAAUUCAACAUUGCUCAAACAUUUGACUAUAAUUUAGCCAUUCUUUAAAUCACGUUAUGUAAUUGUUAUUGCAAUUAUUAAUAUUUGCCUUCAGAUUCUAAACAGUUUUUCUUUUUCUUCUUCUGUAUGUCAAGAAUAAAACUUAUCACAGCCAAACAAGAAGUUUAUAUCAAAAUCAAUGCUAAAUGUGAAAUGCGAAUAUUAUACGUGAAAUGUGUAAUCUAUUGCCCAGUUUCUUAUACACUUUCCAUAUUUAUUAAAAAAUUAUAAUACAUUUAAUAUUAAACUUGAUUUCUCUUGAAAGAUUGUCAUAUUGCUCGCAUAUUUAAUUCGUGCAACAAUUAACUAGAAAAGAUAUCUAGCAGUGUCUCCAAGAUAUAUUCCUAGAUUUUGCGUAUAUAGCAAAGUGUUAUACUUUCUUACACAACUUAUUUAUUGUUAUGCAAACACUUUCUUUCAAUUUGUUAAAUAUAUAUUUUCGCCGGAAUAUGGCCUUGUUGAACGUCAUUAAGCGGUCCAAACUGCAGUUUAACGUAUAUUUACAAGUACUGUAUUAUCCUUAGAAUUUUUUGAGCUUAGCCAAUUUAUGGACGUUCUGUUUGUAAUUAAUAAGAUCACUUUCAUUACAAAUUCGCAACUUAAUGUUCGCGAUUAUCGUUGCUAUCACGACGCAAAACGACUUCAUCAUCAACUUGGAACAAUUGCUGACAGCACCUUAAACCUCAAAGAUGAAGUGGUAAUGCAAACGAAAUUUAAUAAGUUUAUUAGAUCGGUAUGUAUAACUGGAUUUUAAUUGUUGUCAAAGUACGAAAGUUUAUGAAAUAUAAUUUUCAAUUUUCUACUUUUCCUACAUUUGUAGGUCAUGGUCGAUAAAAUAUUCACUUUGGUACACAAUAAGUUUGGUAUCCAGAACUGUUACUGUGAUAACGUACAUCAUUUGUUCGUACAAAUUUAUGUUUAUUACUGCUCCAAAAACAUAAAACAAAA